CUUCCGCUCCCUCAGUACGCUCAGUGCACGUUUUCCUUCCGUGGAUUUUCGAAGCGGUAAAAACAUCUCAGCAACUGUGUCGGUUUUAAGUUAAUACAGAACAAAAUGAGCAAAGCACAUCCGCCAGAGUUGAAGAAGUUCAUGGACAAGAAGCUUUCACUGAAGCUGAAUGGAGGCAGACAUGUGCAGGGUAUCCUGCGCGGGUUCGACCCCUUCAUGAACCUGGUGGUGGAUGACUCUCUGGAGAUGGGCCCAGGAGGACAACAAAACACCAUUGGCAUGGUGGUGAUCAGGGGAAACAGCAUCAUCAUGUUGGAGGCCUUGGAGAGAGUAUGACAGCGGAGCAGACGGCUGCACAUGGAGAGGAGAAUGAUCCACACCUUUUUACGUUCUGUUAUCCUUUUAGUAGUUUGUAUUGAAAGAGGCAACAUGUAACGUCUAUCUGAUCAUUGACAGUAAUGGGUUUUUUUGUUUGUUUUUUACGUAUUUUGAAUUGCUUAAUCCUGUGAAUAAAUCACUUUUUCUUUGUA